CCCAGUUAGAGCUCUGUUGUCCAAAUAUGGAGCUUUCUUUCUUAUUUUUUCCAGUUUUUCUCCAGAUUUUGGUGUUACUUUCUUCUUUAAUUGCUUCUAAUACCCAUGUUCCAUUACAAGAAUUUACAAAACCAAAAACAUUCUCAAAAGAUUUCCUUUUUGGAACUGCUUCUUCUGCUUAUCAGUUUGAAGGAGCCUUCUUGAGUGAUGGUAAAGGUCUUAACAACUGGGACAUUUUUACUCAUAAGCCUGGAAAUAUUAAGGAUGGAACAAAUGGAGAUGUUGCUGUUGAUCAGUAUCAUCGUUACCAAGAGGAUGUUGAUCUGAUGGAAUUUAUUGGAGUGAAUAGCUAUCGAUUCUCUAUCUCAUGGGCAAGAAUACUCCCUCAAGGAAGGUUUGGUGAGGUGAACAAUGCUGGGAUUGAUCAUUACAACAAGCUCAUUGAUGCUCUGCUCGAAAGAGGGAUAGAACCAUUUGUGACAUUGGCUCACUAUGACAUCCCUCAGAAACUUGAAGAUAAAUAUGGAGCCUGGUUGAGUCCCCUAGUCCAGGAGGAUUUCACCUAUUAUGCAGAUAUCUGCUUUAAGUCAUUUGGAAAUCGAGUCAAGUACUGGGUUACCUUCAAUGAGCCCAAUGUUCAGGUCAUUCGUAGCUACAGAAAAGGGACUUUCCCUCCAUCCCGUUGCUCAAGCCCAUUUGGCAAUUGCAGCAGCGGAGACUCGGAAAGAGAACCCUUCGUAGCUGCCCACAAUAUUAUUCUAUCCCAUGCUGCAGCGGUCAACACUUACCGGUCCAAAUAUCAGGCCAAACAAGGAGGUCUAAUCGGAAUAGUUAUCAAUGCUGUGUGGUUUGAGCCUAUAAGCGACUCAUUUGAAGACAUAUUAGCGACUGAGAGAGCUUUCUCUUUCUAUAUGAACUGGUUCCUGGACCCAAUUGUAUUUGGAAACUAUCCGGCAGUAAUGGAGGAAAUUCUGGGACUUGACUUGCCUCACUUUUCAACUGAAGAUCAAAAGAAGUUGAAGAAUGGAGCUGAUUUUAUUGGCAUUAAUCACUAUACCAGUUACUAUGCAAAAGAUUGCCUUCAUUCUUUCUGUGAACCAGGACAGGGGUCAUCUAAGAUUGAAGGUUUUACUUUCUGGACACCGACGAAGGAAGAAACCUCGAUAGGAGAACCUACUGAAAUUUCAUGGAUAUAUGUCUAUCCUCAAGGAAUGAACAAGAUGGUUACAUACAUAAAGGAGAGGUACAAUGUACCAAUAUUUGUAACAGAAAAUGGUUAUGGGCAGAAGAACAAGCCCAAUAAUCAAACUGAAGAUUUACUCGAUGAUACCAGAAGAGUAGAUUACAUGAGAAGUUACCUUGGUGCUUUGGAAACAUCAAUGAGAGAAGGAGCAGAUGUGAGAGGGUACUUUGCCUGGUCUUUGCUGGAUAACUUUGAAUGGAUGAAUGGAUAUACUGAAAGGUUUGGGCUUUGCCAUGUAGACUAUACAACUCUGAAGAGAACACCCAAGCUAUCAACCUUUUGGUACAAAAAUUUCAUUGCUCAAAUUUUGAUGAGCAACAACGUCAGUUCAAUGUCCAAGAAAGUGAUCUAAGCAAGCAGCGCCCCUAUAUUAUAUGAGAAUUGUCAAUGUAAUUGCUUGUACACGACUGAUUUAAUAGUUGAAUGCUGUUAGCUUCGGUUAUUAACUUUCUAAGCUGGUUAUAGAUGUAGAUGGUUUUGGUAUCUUUGUAAACAAAAGACUUGAUUUUAGAGCAAAACAAAAUAAAGAGCAUAUUUCUCAA